AUGGCCGCAACCACCGAACCGACUACGAAGACACCAGCGGGUGUCCCGCGAGCCACGCCUGGGCGCGGCUCGCCAGCGCGUGCGCCUACCGCACCCGCAGUCGUCAACGAUGGACCCGCUCGCGAGAGCGGGAAGCGAGACGAUAAGAUCCUCGCCGCGCUCGCCGCACUCACCGAUCGACUGGCGAGCCUCGAGUCGUCGCAGAGAGUGCGAGACGAGGAGGAGCGCAUGCUCGGGGUCGUGGAGAGCGGACUGUUCGCCUCGAAACUCGGCGCCAACAUGCGUGGCCGACCGAUGACGAUAGACGCGAUCGGAGACGCGGAGGAGAAGGCACCGGUGCCACGUGGGUACCAGCGCGCGACUGAUCUUGGUGCGUCGCGAUUCGCAUCGCUCGAGCCACCUCGCGCGCGCGCAGCACCGCAGCUGCAGCAGCGCGCACCAGCGUCUGCGCCGACUCCGCAGGAGCAUGCAGCGCUACCUCCGCCGCAACAAUUCGCUCCGCCACAAGCCUAUGUGCGACCGGGCCUCAACGGCAACGAAAUGCCGUCCGCUAGCCAGCGGAAGUUGAACAUACGCAAGUUCGAUGUUACGGAGCUGUACCGCGGACUCGGGAGCGGAUUCUUUGACUGGGGGCGUACGUUUCUGCGCGCGGUGAGCCUCGCGGAAGCGUCGUGUGGUUUCGGAUGGACCGAAGACGUCAAGGUCGACCUGCUUGGGCACUUUCUCGCCGGCACGGCUGAGAGGUACUAUCACAAGCAGGUCGAUACCUGGUGGACGCAAUCACCCACACUGGAGUACAUCAUGGAGCAGCUCCUGCGCACGUUCAAGACGUCAAUCACUGCAAGCCAGGCGAUGAAGUUAUUCAUGGCCAAGAAGGACGCACGACGCACCUGGGCCGAGCACUUCCUGUACAUGGUCGCCGUCAGCGAGGCACGCGGUGGUGCCGACUCGCUUGUUCUUGAUAACAUCGUCCACCACGCUUCGCCGGAGCUGGUGAACGUGAUGCGCUCCAAGUAUGAGCCCACUCGACUCGACUACCUGCGCCAUGCUGAGGAGCUGGCGCACUUCGCGCAGUCCAUUGAGCACGGCAGCAGCGCGGUGGGUCGUGAGUUCGUCGCCGCGCACGUGGAAGGCAAACCCAAGGGCGCGAUCACGUGCUACCGAUGUGGGCGACGAGGCCACAUCACAGCCAACUGUCGCGCGCGAGUCGUGCACGAAGACGAGACACUUGCGGAGGGUGGAGGCGCCAGCAUGAUCCUUGCACUGACCGAGAAGCGCAGAGCGACCACGAAGAAGCGCAACAGGAGGAAGAAGGGCUCGCGCGGCAAGGACGCCGCAGCGACCAAUGUAAGUGAUGGGGCGCGAACCAUGGACGACUCAUGCGGCUUCGUGCUUACGACGAGCGACGGAGUAAGAGCCACGGACGGCACGAGCGGCCUCGUACUUGCGGCGACCGAUGCCACGGGCGUCGACCGAGGAGACUGGAUCCUCGAUAGCGGCGCGAGCCGGCAUCUUGUCAACGACGAGUCGCUGCUGCUCAAGUCGACGGCUUGCAGCCACGAGAUUGCGAUGGCAGACGGCGAGUCGCUUCACCUGACGCGUGUCGGCAGCAAAAUUGUGUCGUACGGCAAGCUCGCCAACAAAGGAUUUGCCCUAGUGCACUCCGGCGAAAGGCGCUCGCUCGCUUGGUGCAGAGAUGGUGCGGUCGCGUUCGAUGUCACAAUCGACAGCAACGUGCUGUAUGUCGUGACGAAGGCCACGCGCGACAAGGAAGGUGCAGGCGGAGACGCGAUCAUGGCGGCGCUCGAAGCGCAUGCAACGGAAACCAACGCCGAUGAGCCGCACGAAGCCUCGCUGUUGCACUGGCACCAGAGACUCGGCCACCUUGCGUUCGACACGAUCGAACGCAUGGCGCGCGAUCCGGCAUCGGGCAUUCGGCUCAGCAACAACAAGCGUAUGGCGUGCGUGUCGUGCCUCGAGGGCAAGCAGAUGCGCAACGCGCAGUCCCAACAAGACAGCGGCAAGCACUCGCCCAUCGAUCGCAUCGGCGGCGUCAUCUGUUCGGACCUGAAGGGUCCAAUGACGCCGCGGGACCGACUCGGCAAUCGUUACCUUGUGAACUUCGUUGAUCACAAGAGCAACUACUGCCGAGUCUUCCUCGCGCGCACGAAGGACGCUGCGGCGAGGCAGUUCGAGGCGUUCCUCGUCCACUUCGAGAAGCUUUUCGGGUUCAAGGUCCACGUGCUCCGCACGGACGGCGGCAGAGAAUACGCCAACGUGGACCUGUUCUGCGAACGCACGGGCGUCGCGCGCCAAGUGUCGGAGGCGCGAAAUCAGGCCUCAAACGGCAAGGCGGAUCGAAUGCACCGGACAGUGCUGAACCUUGCGCGCAGCAUGAUGUUUGCCUGCGCGCUGCCCCUGAUGUUCUGGGGAGACGCGGUACUUUACGCCGUUCACAUCCUCAACCGGAGCCCUACGCGAGCUAACGCAAAGAGAGCGUCACCACUCGAGGUGCUGACGGGCAAGACGCCGGAUCUGCGUGAAAUUGUCGUUUUUGGCUCCCAGUGCAGCGUGUAUAGAGACCCGCGCAAGAACUCGCUGCUGCAGCGCUCGGGGCGCGCCAUCAUUGUCGGCAUCAGCGAGGAAACCAAGGGCUACAAGGUGCUGCUGCCGCGUGACAAUAAAGUGGUUGUCGCGCAGCACAUCAAGAAUAUCGAGACACUGACGGAGGCGCAAAACGCGCAACUCCAGCGCGCGAUGGACGUCGGCGAUCGAGCCGGAGGCCAGGAGGAGACGGACGCGCCAGCAGCAGCAGUGGCGAAAGAUGGUCGCGCAGAGGGCAACAGGGAGACGCGUAAAAGCAGAAAGAGAUGGACGCGAAAGGCGCAUGGAACACGCGGGGCGUUGAAACGCGCAGAAGCGGCUGCUCGUCAGGAGGAGACAGCCGCGAGCGGAGAAGUCGUAAAUGCUGCUUUCGAGCAUGAUCCGCUUAACUACGGACAGGCGAUGCGCAGCGGCAAGCGCGAAGGGUGGAAGAAGGCGAUGCAAGAGGAGAUCGCCGCGCUCGAGGCCAACGACGUCUGGACUAUUACAAGGCGAACGGCAGGACAGCAUGCGCUGCACACAAAAUGGGUCUACAAGACCAAGACAGAUGCACAGGGCGACCUCGAGCGGCUGAAAGCGCGACUGGUGGCGUGUGGCAACGAACAGGUUCUUGGCGUCGACUACUCGCUCACCUUCGCUGCCGUGAUGGACCUAUCGACGGUCAAAGUGAUCCUGGCGCUUGCGGUAACGUGGGGGGUGCCUGCCAAGCACGGUGACAUCCCCAACGCCUACGUUAAAGCGGACAAGGAGCCGCACCUGCGCAUCUAUCUACAGAUGCCGCGCGUCAUGCCAGUCUCGAAGGAGACGCUACGAGCGCAAGGCGUUUCGAACACGAGCGAGCUGGUGCUGGAGCUGCGGAAGAGCCUCUACGGGCUCAAGCAGGCAGGCCGGCUGUGGAGCCAGCUGCUGCACUCGAAGCUCUCUACUACCGGUUUCACGCGGUCGACAGGGACGAGCGCGGCGGCGGUCGAGCGGUUCUUUGCAAGCCUCGCGUCGUUGUCGAUCAAGGACCUGGGGCGUGUCAGCAAGUUCCUGGGAAUGCGCGUGACGCACAACGGUCAGAAUGGGUACACGCUCGAUCAGGAGGAGGCCAUAAGAGACCUCUUACGCGACAACGGACUCGCUGACGCCAACUCGACGUGGACGCCGAUCGACGACAGCUGCUACGAGUUGGAGGAGGGCGACGCGGAGCUUCUUGGGACGCCAAGCGCAAAAAUUAGGACCGACUGUGCGCCAGUUUCAGUCGCUGGUCGGCUCGCUGCUCUGGGUGGCGCGUUGCACGCGCCCUGA